AUGGAUAUCGACCAGGCUGGCGCUCGUUUUUUUUGCGUCUGCACUAAGUAUAAUCACGGGCAGCCUCACGAAGUCUCGUACACGUCCUGGUACCGACAUCUCAAUGAGGCAACCACUGAAGAAGAAAAGCAGAAGAUGCACACUGUGAAGGCAUUUGGAUUGGAAGCGCUAACUAUUCCAGAUCCUCCUGCACAAGCCUCAGGCAGUUCCAGACAUCCACCUAGCACUGGUGGUCUGGAGUCAGACAGUGCUCGUCGUGCUGCCACCUUGAGAGAACUUGCGAAACGAGCACGUGAGAGUGCAGAUUCUCAACACUUUGUAGGUCGACGCAAGCGGGCCAAGACUGUGCAGCCUGAACAAGUGAUCCCUCCAGACGACGAACUUCCUCUCCCUCCAGACAACGAACCUCCUCUCCCUCCAGACGAUGAACUUCCUCUCCCUCCAGACAACGAACCUCCUCUCCCUCCAGAUAACGACCCUCCUCUCCCUCCAGACGACGAACCUCCUCUCCCUCCAGACGACGACCCUCCUCUCCCUCCAGACCAUGAGCCCCCCCCCAAUUAA